UAAGACAAAAUACCCAUGAUUUAGAAUUUCCUCAAGUAUGUGUGAAACUCUAUCCAAAGGAAGGAGAUUCUGAUCAGAGCUGAGAUUACAACAAAAGGAAAAAAGAUAAAUAUGGGAAACAGGAAGUUCUGUAGAAAUUUGACUAAGAACUGAUCAGCAAAGCAACGUGGUAGAAGUGUGGAUCCUUUUUCCUAUAAGACUGCUUACCUGAUGGGAUUAAAUGUUUAUGACAUUGAUGACAGCAGGAUUCACCACUGGAAUGCUGGGGAAUGUGUUCAUUGGACUGGUAAACUGCUCUGACUGGGUCAAGAACCACAAAGUCACCUUCACCAACUUCAUCCUGAUCUGUUUGGCAGUUUCCAGAAUGAGCUCCCUGCUUGUGGUAUUUGCUGAUGCAAUUAUAUUGAAACUAGCUCCUCAUGUCUAUGAUUCUUCCAGUCUAGCAAAAUGCUUUGAUAUAUUAUGGAUCAUGACUGAUCAACUGUCUAUAUGGUUUGCCACCUGCCUCAGCAUCUUCUACUUCCUCAAAAUUGCCCAUUUCUCCCAUCCCCUUUUCCUCUGGUUGAAGUGGAGAAUGAGAAGCAUGAUUGUUGUUUUUCUUGCAUUUUCUUUGUUCUUACUGAUUUUUUAUUUUCUACUGCUUGGAACACUUCCUAUUUUCAGGGAGAUUUACAUGAUGGCUAAAAACAAUCAGACUUUAUUUUCAGAUACACUUGAAACCAUUGCUGUAAAAAACCUAAUUGUUUUUCACCUGAUAUACUUGGUACCAUUUCUUGUGUCCCUAGUAUCAUUGCUCCUUUUAUUUUUGUCCUUGGUCAAGCACUCCAGAAACCGCCACCUCAUUUCUACCAGCUCUGAAGAUUCUAGAACCAAAGUCCACAAGAAGGCAAUGAAAAUUCUGUUGUCUUUCCUCAUUCUCUUUAUAAUUCACAUUUUUUUCGUGCAGCUGACACGUUGGUUAUUUAUGUAUUGUCCAAUGAACAGCUCAGUUAACUUGAUUAUGUUAACAUUAGAUAUCUUUCCUUUAAGUCACUCAUAUAUUCUGAUCCUGGGAAAUAGCAAGCUUCGGCAGACAGCAGUGAGGGCCCUUCAACAUCUUAAAAGCCAGCUGCAAGAGAUGAUCCUCUCCCUUCAUAGAUUCUCCAGAGUCUUUACUAAGUGACUAAGCUAAUGGGGAGCCUCGGAAAGUCACUGUUCUUCUGCUGGGUUCUAAAUACUGCUGAACAUACACAAACAGUUCUUUAAACACACUACCUUUUCUGACAGUUUGCACAUAGUCAGGCUAUAAAACAGAAACCUAUCCUUUUUGUUUCCAGCAUUGGUAAUCAAACCUAGUAGUCUCA